AUGAUUAAUGGCGGCGACGCCGAUGAUUUAGGUGACGCUGAUUAUGGUGGCUACGCUGGCGAAUGUGGCCGCUGCGGUCCUCUGGGCAAGGCAACCACUGCGGCGAUCAUUGAGGAUAUUGAGAGUUGUGGCCGCUGGCCGCUAAGCGCCAAUUUUGCCAUCAGCACCUACGACAUGCCCGCCGCUUCUUUACCCUACGAACCAGCCUCAACAACCAAAGCCUCAGCACCGGGCUCCUGCAGGGACAGGCCUGGCGGCCUUACCGCCGAAGAGAUGUGGGACGAAUGGGUGGAAGAUGGGAACUUGAUGCUCACUGGCACGUUUCAGUAUUGGUACGAACCUGACGCUCGCCCCUAG